GACAGCACUAGUUGCGCUACGGCCGAGAGAGUGGGUGAGUCAGGGUGGUUUAGCCGGACGCCACGGUCAAGAACCCUGACCAGCUCCUGGAAUCCCCGUUUUGUGCCCCAUCCUCUUACACUCCUUCGCUCCUCCCCUCAUUCAUAGGAACGGACACCGUGAUCACUGCUAUUUAUCAACGAGGGCGCAGUACCACUUUACCCAACUCGAUUCGAUCAGCCAUGGCCCUUACAAAAGCAUUUAAAUCGGCUGGGAUCCCCCUCCGGACCGUCGCAAAAACUUCGCCGACGGCGUGGUCCAUCCAUUGUCGUCAAAGGUCGUCGACGACAUCCCCGCCAACCAUUUCACACGGUUGCACCCUCGAUGCCAAACUCAGAGUCAGAGAACAUGUGCGCUCCAUGAGCAGAAGUGCUGCUGGCCGAGCUCACGCGUCUCCCAAGACACAUCCUAACUCUGCGCCAGGAUUCCAGCAGCCGCACUCACCACAAGCGCCUGAGCCUCUCCUCACAUCGCAUCGUGCUGGACUGGAUGAAUCUUUCAUCGGUUUGUCGGGUGGUGAAAUAUUCCAUGAGAUGAUGCUCCGUCAUAGCGUCAAGCAGGUAUUUGGUUACCCCGGUGGAGCCAUCCUCCCGGUUUUCGAUGCUAUCUAUAAUUCUCCGCACUUCCACUUCGUUCUUCCACGCCAUGAGCAGGGUGCCGGUCACAUGGCUGAAGGGUACGCAAGGGUAAGCGGCAAGCCUGGUGUCGUUCUCGUCACUAGCGGUCCGGGAGCGACAAAUGUCGUCACACCGAUGCAAGAUGCUCUCUCGGAUGGUGUUCCUCUUGUUGUCUUCUGUGGUCAGGUGGCCACAUCUGCCAUCGGCAGCGACGCCUUCCAAGAAGCCGACAUUGUUGGAAUCUCGCGCUCUUGCACCAAAUGGAACGUCAUGGUCAAGGACAUCGCGGAGCUUCCACGUAGGAUUAACGAGGCUUUCAAGAUUGCCACCUCUGGUCGGCCUGGGCCCGUCCUGGUAGAUCUUCCAAAGGAUGUCACUGCGGGUAUUCUGCGCACUCCCCUUCCCUACAAGGCCACCACUCCAGGUCUCUCCCUUGGCCUUCCGGAGAAUCCCUUCGCCCCGCCCGCUGACCUAGCCCUGAUCGAGCAGGCCGCUGACCUGAUUAAUCAGGCGAAACGCCCGCUCAUUUAUGCUGGACAUGGAUUGCUUGGUUCUAAGGAGGGGCCGGAACUACUAGCCAAGCUGUCCAAGAAUGGCAAUAUCCCUGUGACAACCACGUUACAGGGUCUCGGCACUUUCGAUGAACUCGAUGAACGUAGCCUGCACAUGCUAGGUAUGCACGGCAGUGCGUACGCAAACCUCGCCAUGCAGGAAGCCGAUGUGAUUAUUGCCCUCGGAGCCCGAUUUGAUGAUCGUGUUACUGGAACACUCAGUACCUUCGCGCCUGCAGCUCGUGCGGCCGCCUCCCAAGGCAAGGGUGGUGUCAUUCACUUCGAAAUCAUGCCCAAGAACGUGAAUAAGGUUGUGCAGUCGACAAUUGCCGUGCUUGGUGAUGUGACCGCCAAUUUGGCUCACCUCGUCCCUCUCAUGUCGCCGUCUCCUCGCGACGCAUGGUUCUCUGACAUUCGCUCUUGGAAAGCCAAGUAUCCAUUCACGUAUGUGAAGAGUGAUUCUUCCAGAGGCGAACCGAUGAAACCGCAGGAGGUCAUCGAAGAGCUCGACAGGCAAUGUGCUGAAAAGAAAGAUGAGGUCAUCAUCAGUACCGGCGUUGGUCAGCACCAGAUGUGGGCUGCUCAGUUCUACCGCUGGCGGCAUCCUCGGACCAUGAUCACCUCGGGCGGACUGGGUACUAUGGGCUUCGGCUUACCUGCUGCUAUAGGUUGCAAAGUUGCUGCUCCGGAGAAAGUCGUCGUCGACAUUGACGGAGAUGCCUCUUUCAGCAUGACUGCGAUGGAAUUGGCCACUGCUGCGCAAUACAACAUCGGUGUUAAGGUCCUUGUGCUUAAUAACGAGUUCCAGGGUAUGGUCUUGCAAUGGCAGGAUCUGUUCUACGAUGCACGCUAUUCUCACACACGUAUGCACAACCCGGAUUUUGUGAAGCUUGCGCAAGCCAUGGGCGUUCACGCUAUCCGCUGCACGAGCAUGGAAGACUUACCUGCGAAAAUGAAAGAGUUCAUGGCAUACGACAAUAGCAAACCUGUGCUGCUUGAAUGUGUUGUCGAGAGAAAUGAGCAUGUCUUCCCGAUGGUCCCUGCUGGGAAGGCGCUCCACGAACAGCUCCUCCAUCCAAAACUCCGCGCCGCAGCGUCGGCCGCCCAAUCCAAAAAAUGAUAGGCUCCAUAGUGGCUGUAUUCGUUUCUCUUGGUUCAUGCGAGGGGAACAAAAGAAAGGGGGUCCCGUGUCGCCACGACAUUUGUACAAUAAUCAGCGUUGAGUUUUGUUGAAUUGCAUCAAUGCGACCUCG